AUGGGUCUCACAUACAACAUCUACUUAACCUCAAACAAGAUCUUCGGCUGCAAGACUUGUAAAACCCACCUCUCAGAUUAUAAUGACAUGAUCAGCCGUAACUUCCGCGGCCAACACGGCAAAGCAUACCUCUUCAACACAGUGGUCAAUGUCACUCAAUCCGAAGCAGUGGAACGCAACAUGACUACGGGCCGACAUAUCGUACGCGACAUCGCCUGCCGCCAAUGCAAAGAAACGGUAGGAUGGAAAUAUGACAAGGCAUACGAAGCGACAGAGAAAUACAAGGAAGGAAAGUUCAUCUUGGAGGAAGAACUACUCUGCAUCGUAUGCUGA